AUAUGUGAUCACUUUACAAUAUAUAAUGAACUUGAUAAGGCAGUGCAAAAUCAUGAAAAAAAAUCAAUUUCAGUUUGAGAGAAAUUAAUGUGUAACCUGAUUACUCUUCUGCACCAUUGCAUGGUGUUUUUGUGGUUGUCACCAGUGCUAUGGUGUACUUACCACAGUACAUUACUUAGCAAAAGACUGCUUUAUUUUGUGCUUCACACUUAUCACACUUCACACAUUGGUUGAUUCACCAUGACUAUUUUUCCAUUAAGGUUAUCAUGUUUAAGGUCAACAAGUUUAAGGUUAAAAGAUUCUUGUUGCUUUGUUGAUUUCUAAAACUAUGAACUUGAAAACAUCUGUUUAUUUAUAUAGUUAAUUUGUUGACUUUAUUUAAUUUAGGUCUGUUUACUUUUAUUUUGUUAAUACUUUAAAAACCAAUGGUUAAUCAUUUGAAACAACAUAUUUUAACAUAUAUAAAACAUAUAUUAUUUACCGAGUGUUAUUAUACAGAGAUGACCAUCUUCUGCAAACAUGACGUAUGUGAGGAUUUUCCUGGUGGUUUGAACUUCUAGGAAGUUAAUGGCUUUGGUUAUGAUUACCACAUCCAUGUAACAAUGUUCACACGAGAUCCAGACAACCUUUAAUUUAAAAUGAACCACAUCAACAAACCCUUUUAGACUUUAGAAACAGAUUUUUAAAUACAUUUGCAACUGGUGGGAUUCAGUAAAAUGAAAAUAAAUUGCAUUUGUGUGGGUUGAAAACAGUAAUUAAAGGUGCAAUAAACAAUUGCCUCCAUCAAAUGCAUUUUUGUCAUCAGAUAAGCAAACUGUAUUUUAAGUUUGCCACUGAAUAAAAGUAAAAGAUGAACAAGGUCAAAGGGAAACCAAGAUACCAACAUUAAUGUCCUAUGAUGAUAUUAUAAUAUGCAAAUAAAAUAAACUUUGCUAGGAAAAUUAUAUGUAUACUACAGCAAACAGCAUAGGUUUGACCUGGAAUUUACUUGGUAACCGGUUUCUCAGGUAAUUUCUGUAUCCCAUGUACUUCCCCUUUCAACUUUGUGACAUCAGUCUUCCGUAUUCUCUUCCUAUAUAAGUUGACAGCUGAACGCUGUUGUCAGAUUAUCGCACUCUGUUCUAUAUUCCUUUUGCAUUCGCACACAAACAGAUAUGGAUCGACUAGAUGUCACGGAAACUUUUCACAGCAUCAUGUUUCCUGGGCACAUGCAUACUAAAGACUCAUUGAAUUACGCGACCAACUUCAAGUUUCAGGACACAGAUAUUGUAAUUGCCACCUACCCAAAAUCAGGGACCACAUGGAUGCAGGAAAUCAUCACUCUAGUUUUGAGGAAAGGGGACCCAACUAUCGCCCAAACUCAGCCCAACUGGGCCCGUGCACCAUGGCUUGAGCAGUACUACUGCGCUGAUGUUCUAAAAGCCUCUACUGGGCCUCGUAUUAUUACUACACAUCUGCCGUACCACCUGCUGGCACUGGCCCUGCAACACUCCAAAGCAAAGGUUAUAUAUGUAGCCAGAAAUCUCAAAGAUGUGUCUGUUUCAUACUAUCACUUCCACAAGAUGGCCAAUUUUCUGCCUAACCCAGGCACUUUCUCUGAUUUUCUGAAUGAGUUCCUGAAGGGUGCAGUGCAUUAUGGCUCUUGGUUUGACCAUGUUAAGGGCUGGACUAGUCAUGCAAAAGAUAUCCAGAACUUUCUUGACGUCACAUAUGAGGAAAUGUGUCAGGAUCUUCACGGGGCUGUUCAGAAAGUGAGUUGUUUCCUUCAGUGUCCCUUAACUGAGGAUGAGCUGAACCUUGCUCAGAAGCACUGUAGCUUCAAUAGCAUGAAGGAAAAUGUCAUGGUGAACUACACUCUCAUCCCUCAGAAGAUCAUGGACCACAGCCAGGGCAAGUUCAUGAGGAAAGGUCAAGUCGGAGACUGGAAGAACACAUUCACUAAGGAUCAGAGUCGUCUUGUUGAUGACGUGUACACUUCACAGAUGCCAGAUUCCUCACUGCUGUUUAAAUGGGAAUGCCCUGAGAAGACUGUAAGGCCCUUGAUGACCAUUAAUACUACAGAACCCCACACACCCAGAGUGUGUGACAUCCUUCAUUUUACAUUUGAAAAUGUUUCUAACAUUUCACACUGAAAUGCCCAGUAAGUGGGUAAACUAGAGUAUUUCAUUCCUUUCUGUUUUUUUCUACAUGGUAAUUUAACUGUAUAUAUAUAUAAACCCUCAGACUGAGACCUUAAAAGAUAAAUGUAGCAUUAUUUACGUAAUAUAUUACUAUUCAUUUUAUAUUUUUUGUAUUUUAUGCAAUGUGACCUAAGCACAAUAAGUAUAGUAAAGUAGUAAUGUUUAAAGAUUAACACAAAUCUAUGUAUAUCAGUUAGGUGGAUUGCGUGACAUUCUGGAUGUUGUAUUUUACAAGGCAAUAUAAUGAAUUUAAGUGUAAUUUUCUCAAUCUGUUUACAUAAUAUAUCAAUGGCCUUGAAGGAUAAUGAUUUAUAUAAACCUACUUUAUAACCUUUGCUCUUGUGCUAAUUGUGGUCAUUUUGAACCUGUGAUCAAGUAAAAUUACACUCCAUCUGUGACAAUGGACAAUAGGUGAUAAAAACUGUGGCUAGCAAAAUGUCACUCUAAAGGAUGUUCAAACUAGCUCAUUAGAUGUUCGUGUGAGCGUGAGGCUAAUCUAAAAGGCCAGAUAUUUAAACUGUUAUUUUCUUUAAUGAAGAGAGUGAAGUGUUUAGAGUCAGGGUACUGCACCUGUGCUGCACUUCAAAUGAUUGAUGGCACUUGAAAAGUGCAUUUGGAAGAAAGAAACAACAUUUCUAGCUGAGUCUGCCAGUCUCUCAUGUAAAAGACAUCAUGUUAUGCUCUGUACAAAGAACUGGCACCCUGUGGUGCAGGGUUUGUUAAAAUUCCCAUGAAAUCAAAAUAAAAGUCUUGUGGAUUUAAUAUGAA